CAACGCCCACUGCUUUCAAUUCUUGAUCAAACGACAUCGUUCGUCUUUUCAAAGCAAUAUAACCCCACGCGCCGCCGUCUCUUACAAUGGAUAGGCCGCGCUUCAUGGUUAUGACAUACCCAGCUCAAGGCCACAUAAACCCAGCUCUACAAUUUGCAAAGCGUCUCGCCAGCAUCGGCGCCGACGUCACCUUCGUCUUACCCCUCUCCGCCUACCGCCGCAUGGCAAAGGGCUCGGGUUCGGAACCGGAACCUGGUACACCGUACGGAUCGGCCAUAACUUUUGCACCGUAUUCUGUAGACGGAUACGACGACGGGUUCAAGCGCGGAGGCGACAUGAAACACUACUCGUCGGAGGUGAAGCGUUGCGGGUCUCAAUCCAUAACCGAUCUCGUCGUUUCGGGGCAAAACGACGGCCGACCCUACUGUUGCUUUGUCUACACGCUUCUCCUCCCCUGGGCAGGGAACUCCGCCGCCGAGCUCGGACUCCCGUCGGUUAUGUUGUGGAUUCAACCGGCCACGGUUUUCGAUGUGUACUAUUUGUACUUCAAUGGUUAUGCGGAUAUCAUCAAGGAGAACAUGAGCAAACGACAAUCUCAUACAAAAACGACACUUCCGGGGCUGUCGUUGGAGUUCGACCGACGAGAUUUACCGUCGUUUAUGGACGCCGAGGAUGCUUAUUCCUUCAUUCUCCCGCACUUUCAAGAACAGUUCGAUAUGAUUUCGAAGCAAAAUCACCAAAGAUCAAUACUUGUCAACACUUUCGACGAGUUAGAAGUUGAAGCUUUGAGAGCGGUUAGUGAUCUGACUUUGAUCGGAAUCGGGCCUCUAAUUCCGUCGGCUUUUCUAGAUGAGAAUGACCCGUCCGACAAGUCUUUCGGCUGUGAUAUUUUCCACGGGUCCGAAGGCAACAAGUACAUCGAUUGGCUGAACUCGAAGCCCAAAACGACAGUGGUGUACGUGUCGUUUGGGAGCAUAUUGGAUUGGUCAAAGCAACAAAUGGAGGAAAUCGCCAAAGGGUUGCUAUCUUAUGGCCGUCCAUUCUUGUGGGUCGUAAGGGAGAAGAGAGACAAAGUGGAAAACGACAAAGAUUGUGAUGAGGAUAACGAUGAGUUGGUGAGUUGCAGAGAAGAAUUGGAAAAGCUUGGAAUGAUAGUGCCAUGGUGUUCUCAAUUGGAGGUUUUGAGUAACGAGUCAAUCGGGUGUUUUGUGACUCACUGUGGCUGGAACUCGACGUUGGAGAGCUUGGCUUCUGGUGUUCCAAUGGUGGCGUUUCCGAAAUGGUCCGAUCAAGGGACUAAUGCCAAGCUCAUAGAAGAAGAGUGGAAAAUUGGGGUGAGAGUGAAGCCCAACGAGGAUGAAAUCGUCGAGAGUGAAGAGAUUAGGAGGUGUUUGGAGUUGGUUAUGGGGAAGGAAAACGAAGAAUUGAGAAGGAAUGGAAAGAAAUGGAAGGAUUUGGCUAAGGGAGCUGUCAAAGAAGGUGGUUCUUCUGAUAAAAAUCUCAAGUCUUUUGUGGCACAAAUGAAUCAUAUAUCUUAAUUAUUUGAUAAAAAAAAACAUAAUAUUUGUUGUUAUUCCUUUCUAGAUAUAAUUCUCACACUUUAAAUCGAUUAUAAUAGUAAAGUUUUGAAAUUUUAAUUAA